UCCUGUUGAAACAUGGUCAAAUAGUACAGGAACAGAAAGACGGAGAAACCUUAGCGGAGGACACAGAUAGUAGCAUCAGAAGACACAGCACAAAAUACAUCUUAUUUAUAGGAACACAGUAUUAAAAAUCUGUUCAGCGGGAAAUACAGGAAUUGAGUGAUAGGACUGGACACCAUUAAAGAGAAACGCGAUCCUGCUGAAACUACUCUUCGGUUGUUGCAUGUCUUAAGAUGUCUUCUAACAUCUACGAGUGCAUGGAUGAUGAGCGCGGCGGACUGGAGAACAGGGCCGACAGUGAAAGUGUAGAGUCUAACGUAAUGACGCAGGAGAGAACUCACACGCAAAGGCCUCCUCCAGCUGUCAAAAGAAACCUCUUUAAAACUACCACACUGAUCCUGGCUCUACUGUGUCUCCUGCUCUUAGUGAGGACUGUCCUGUACAAAUUUUAUAUUAUGAGUGUCUUGGAAGAUGAACAGCCGAACAUCAAGAAUGAGAAGCUGAUGACAAACCUUACCAACCUGACGACCAAUUUCUGCCAGAUAGGAGAAGAAAACCAGACCCAGGGGAGCAUUAUAGAAUGGAAGAGAUUUCGAUGCAGCUGCUACUACAUAUCUACUGAGAUGAAAACCUGGACAGACAGCAGAGAAGACUGUCAGAAGAGAGGAGCACAUCUGGUCAUAAUAAACAACAUAGAGGAAGAGGAAUAUGUCAGUAAGAUCAAUGAACAUGGAGAUUCCUGGAUUGGUUUGGAGUCGGUAAAAACAAGUGAUUGGGGGAGGACGUGGAGCUGGACCUGGUUGGACAGAUCAACCCCAAAAUAUGUGGGCUGGAAGGUUGGCGUGAAAGCAAACCCCGAGGAUGGUUCCAAAGCAUAUGUUGAUCAACAAGGAAGAUGGAGUCACACAAACACCUACAACCAAACCAAACACUGGAUCUGUGAGAGAGAAAUCUACUGAAAGUUUCUGCUGAGCAAAAAUAGUGAAGACAUGAGAAAUAAAACUUACAAAACAUGUAAAAAGGACAGAAAACUUACUCAUAAGGACAAAAUACCAACAUGUUUUUCAAUAAUAAAGAUUAUGUAGAUGUGACUAGAGAAAGGGAUCUCAGAAAGUCCAAAUUGAGAAGGAUUCAUUUCCCUGUGAUACAUGAAGACACUGUCCCUCAUAUUUAAUGUCUUUUCUGCACUGCAUGAUUUAGCCUGAUGGUGGCAGCAAUGUAAACAUUUCUUGUUUCACACAAAUUAAUUCUCUGUGUAUGUGUGUGUGUGUUAAUGCGAGACAUUUCUUUUUUAAAUGUCCCUGUUGAUGCUCUCAAUUUUAUUUCCUGAUUUGUUUAAUGAUUGUUUGAUUUGUUGAUGAUUUGUUUGAUUUUCUUUCUUUGAUGAUUCUCCUUCAGCUAUUUCAUAACCUUCACAUGUGGAGAAGUAAAGAUUUCUUUCUGAAGGUGUGAAUAAAAGUUGUGCGUUUC